AUGGGUAUACCAGCAUUUUAUAGAUGGUUGGUUGAUAAAUACCCAAAAUCAAUACAGUAUUUCCAACAACAACAACAAGUAGAAGAGCAACAAGAACAAGAUGAAGUCUCUUCAUCAUCUACUACUACUACACCUUUAAAGAUUGAUCCAAGAUGUAAUAAUGUUAAAUUUAAUAACCUUUAUAUUGAUAUGAAUGGUGUUAUUCAUAACUCUACACAUGCAAAGGGAGAACCAUCGGUCGAAUCAAUCAUGGCAUCUAAACCAAACACAGAUGAUACGAUCAAGGAAAACAUAUUCAAACGUUUAAAUGAUAUCAUUGUUACUACAAACCCAUCAGAUUUGGUUUACAUUGCAUUGGAUGGUGUACCACCACGUGCCAAAGCAACUGAACAACGUAGACGUCGUUUUAGAUCUGCUAAAGAUAUUCGUGAAAUCUUAUCAAAAGGUCCUAAACAACCAAAUCCUAGACAUAAUAAUAAUAAUAAUCAUUCAUCUUCAUCUCCAUCUACUUCAUCUCCAUCUACUUCUUCCCCUCCAAUAACAACAGAUGAAUCUUCUGAUCCCUCAACUCCUUCCACACCAGCUGCCGCUACUACACCAGCUGUUGCUCAACCAAAUUAUUUAGAAUUAUUAGAUAAAGUAUUUGAUUCAAAUUCAAUUUCACCAGCAACCGAGUUUAUGAACAAGGUAAAUCAUUGGAUUGGAGAAUACAUUUCGACGGUAUUGGCAAAGAGUCAUCCACACUUGGCUGUUGUAUUGUCAGAUACCACUGUGCCAGGUGAAGGAGAACACAAGAUUAUGGACUUUAUUCGUGGUAAUCACAAGAAUUGGUCGGAGUCUACCAGUCACAUAUUCUAUGGUAUGGAUGCUGAUUUGAUCUUCCUUGGUCUAUCGGUACAUUUGCAACGUUUCUUUGUACUCCGUGACUUCCAGUCUUUGAGCUAUGGAUGUAGUAUUUGCAAGUCAGAGUAUCACAUGUCCUAUGAAUGCAAGUCGGCAUUGGCAAUGAAAAAGCUACACGCCAGCAACAAGGAAGGUGACAUUGACUGGCAAUCAAACGGUAUCAAUACCACCAAGAUCUCGGUCCGAAACAUUCCAUCACAGGCAUCAGAGGCUGACAUUAGGGAGAUCUUUUCCUACUAUGGUGAGAUUGUCGACAUCAAGUUUGAAAAGGCACCCACCAAGAAACCAUCGCUCACUGCAUUUAUCCAAUUUGGAUCAGUCGAUGCUGUCAAAGAUAUUGCAUGCAGAGGUGCCUAUUUCUACGUCAAUAAUAUUAAAUUGACUAUUGCACAAUACUACAAGGAUGAAAAGGUUGAAGUCGAGUCACCAUUGAUCGAAGAACAAGCUGAAAACGCUGUCGUUGAAGAAGACGAUGGUGUCUAUUACAACAAUUCAAUCUUUUGUACAAGACUAGAACUUGAUGUCACGGAAAAGGAUGUAGUUGACUUUUUCAAACCAACUGGCAAGGUUGAAUCGGUUCAAUUCCUUACCACGCCAAGAAGAAAGGCUCAUCCAUUUAAAUUUUGUAUUAUUAAUUUUGGCAACUUGGAUGACGUUAAAAAAUCAUUGACUAUGGAUGGUAAAUACCUCAAGGGCAACAAAGUAACCUUGAAAAAGAGUCGUCCACCUGCUCAAAAGGAACCCGUUGUCCCUGAAGAACCAAAGCCCAAAGUAGUCAUCUCUGAAGAAGAAAAGGCUGAAAAAGAAGCUGAAAAGGAAAAAAGAAGAAUUGAAAAGGAAGAAAAGGCUAAUCAAUUUAUUACAAUUGCUGGUCAUGGAAUGAAUCUUGAUUCUUCUUAUUUUUAUUUAGGUUUGGCAGAAUGGGAUUUUGAAAGAGCAAAUGAAUUAUUUAUUAAAUUUGGUAGAGCAUUAUCAAAACAAGAAGAUGAAUAUUUGACAGUUGAAAGAAAAUUUGAAUUUGUAAAUUUAGAUAAUCUCAGACAAUACAUCAAAUACUAUUUGACAUUUGGUUUGGAAAAUGAAUCACAACUAGAUAUUAAUAAUUGUAUCAAUGAUAUUACUGUCAUGUGUAUGUUGAUGGGUAAUGAUUUCCUUCCACAUUUACCUGCCGUAUCAAUCAAAGAUGGUUCAAUUGAAUUGAUUCUUGGUUGGUAUAAAGAUUGGAUUCAUAAUUCAAUCAAAUCAACUGGUAAAGUUAAUUAUUUAACUGUUGAUACAAAUAUUAUAUAUUCAAAUUUUAGUGAAUUAUUAAAUGUACUUGGUAAUUGGGAAUCUGUAAUUUAUCCAGAUAAAUUGGAAAGAAUGGGAAAAAAGGAUUUAGCAAGAUUGACUCAUAUUUUAAAGGUUUCCAAAGAAAGAGAGGAUAAGGAAAAAGAAGAGGCAGAAGCAAAUGGAAGAAUGGCAUCUGAAUUUGAGGAAGAAAGAAAUGAUAUAUUGACAUCACAGUUGGCCAAUCUUCAAGAGGGUGAACUCAACUAUUACAAACUUAAACUUCAAGCAUCUACCAGUGAAGUUGAAAAUGUAAAGCAAUGGGUUUGCCAAUCAUAUGUUCGUGGUCUAUCCUGGGUAUUGAAAUAUUAUACUGUUGGAUGUCCAGAUUGGAAAUGGUCUUACAAUUUCCACUAUGCCCCAUUGGCAGCCGAUCUUGCUGCCUAUUGCAAGGAAAUGGUCGUUGGAAAGGGAUUCAAGGAUACCUCCCAUAUUGAAUUCAAGCUAGGUGCUCCACUUCAACCACUUGCCCAUCUUCUCAGCGUCUUACCAGUCUAUAGUGGCAAAUUCUUGCCAGCUCCAUUGGCCGACCUCAUGAAGUCUAAGCAACUAUCCACCUUUUAUCGCGAACGCUAUAGAAUCGAUCUCAAUGGAGAAGAGGUCUCGUGGAAGGGUGUCGUCUUGGUCAAUUUCAUCGAUGUCUCUGCACUCGAAUCUUUGGCCAACCCCAUUGCCGAACAACUCUCUAAAAAUGAUCCUCACAUUGCUCAACUCAACAAAUUAGGAAAUGACAUUUACUAUCUUCAAGGUGAUGCACAAUCAUCACCUGAUAGUUACAAAAUAUUUUUAGAUCAACAAAAAAAAGAAGAAGAAGAGUCCAGUCAUACCAACCAAUCGAUUAAUAACUCUUCUACUGCUAGCAGUGGUUUAAAUGAAAAAGAUUUCAAGUGGGCUACUAGAUACUUGAUAACAUUGUCCCCACAAGAUUCUGAUUUGUACAAUAGUCUCGAUUAA